UCUAACCCCAAAUAAAUGAUUUGAAUUUUAUUUAUAAAUAAAUAAUUUAAAAAAAUAAUAUAAAUAAAUGAUUAAUUAGUUUAAUUUUAUAAUUAAAGAGUUGAAAUAAUAGAAUAAAGAUGCAGAGUCUGAGAAAUAGUUUUAUGGGUUUGAUGAGAAAUGAUUUUGGAUUGACUCAAUUGAGGACUAAAUUAUUGCCCGCUGGGUUUCAUACUACGGCGAGAUGUAAGGAACAAGAAGAAGAAAAAGAUGGGCCAAGGAAAUGGUUAGAGUAUAAUAAAGUUAUUUUGCCUCCUCAGAAACCUGACGAGCCUCGGAGACCAGCAUUUGUAUGUCACAUGAAAACAAAUAUUAAGUACAGCCCAAAAACGAUGUGGUACAUCGCCGUACUGGUCCGUGGUCUGUCUAUAGAUGAAGCAAUUCGUCAAUUAAGUUUCCUUUGUAAAAAAGGUGCAGUUGCUGCUAAAGAAACAUUAUUAGAAGCUCAACAAAUUGCUGUCGAACAACACAAUGUUGAAUUUAAAAGUAACUUAUGGGUCUCUGAAUCAUUUGUUGGCAAAGGAGUUACAGUCAAAGGUAUCCGUCGACAUUCUCGUGCACGUGUAGGACGUAUUGACUAUCGACAUGUUCAUUAUUUUGUUAAAUUAGAAGAAGGCAAACCUCCGAAGAAUUAUUAUUUACCUGAGCCACCAACUCAAGAAGGUUUACUUGAUGAUUGGCUUGUAAAAAUGCGCAAACGUAAAAUUAUUAAUACACUGUAAAAAUUUUUAUAUUUUAUUCAUUAAAAAAUAAUUAAUUAAUUAGACUA